UUGUCGUGUCCUUACUCAUUUUCACCCUCACUCCUAACGGCUUUUCCAUGCGGAACAGUGCAACUUCAACGUUGGUUUUCAUGGCUACAUACUUUUGAUUUCUGUUUCAGCUCAAACGAUUUUUCAGAGGCACGAGAUGAACUUCUUCUCGACAUUUCUGUCGCUAGCGACUCUGAUAAUAUCAGUGGAGAAUGUGAAAAUCAGGGUCAGGAAAUUCUUUUAUUCCGAAAACAGUUAUGUCCAGACUUGAUCAUUUAUUUCUCAAGAGCCAAUGAGAAUUGCGCUGCUGCUGAUUCAGAAAGUUUGGCUUCACUCCGACUUCGUAGAAUAAGGCCAGCGUUUUUCAACAAGAAAACCAGACAGAUCUUGAAAAUGUCGAGAUGGCAAAUGCAUCAGUAUAAUGCCAUACGCGGGUUCUUAACUGAAAACUGGGAAGGAGACUUGACAAACAUUACCAUUGGUGUCUACCUCUCCUUUGUACGGGCUUCGAAUCUUCGCAGUAAUGAAAGCCCUUUCACCAAUCACAAAUUGGAAAGCGAAACUUUGCUUGAUGAAAAAGAAGUUGUACCGGCCGGUACUGGCACUGAUUUCUCCGUAAUGUACAACGAUGCUCCAAUCAUGAUGAAAAUUCAUAUCUUCUUCUUGAAAUCAGAUGGAAGUAGAGGAGAAACUCAUUCGUUGUACAUUUCCAACAACUGUACUGAAAGUGGAAAAUGGAUUGCUAACGAAGGGUAUUACCGGCUUGACGUCAACACCGGAAACUUCGUUCCUAUUUAUUACGAUCCUGUUGAAUCGGACUUUUACUACUGA